AUGUUCUCAAUAUGGAAAAGAAUGAGAAAUAGCCACUGCUACAAAAUAAUGUUUUGUAUCGGUGUUAUCGAUAUGUUAACACUUUUGUGUAAUGGAUUGUUGACUGGUUAUUUGGGUUAUUAUGGUUAUGUUUUUUGUUCUUCUCCAAAGCUUAUUUAUUUCUUUGGAGCUUAUGGACUUGGUUGUUGGUGUGCUGAAUCAACAAUGGAGACCGUUUUAGCAAUAAAUCGUUGUGCUGAACUUUGGUCUGAUGAAUUGGCACACAAAUGGUUUAAUGGUAAAGAAGGGAAUUUAAAUGAUUUUUAA